AAGUGUUUAUUAAAAGAAAAAUGGCUACCAGGAGACUUAUUUGUUUAGAAGAAUACGAAGAAGAGGCUCGCUCAAUAUUAGAUAGGAACACAUGGGGAUACUAUUCACCUGGAGCAAUAGCAGAGUAUACUCUUAGAGACAAUUUGCAGGCUUUUAACCGGUAUAGUAUAUUUCCCAGAGUAUUGGUUGAUGUAUCUCUGAUUGACAUGAGUGUUAGAUUAUUAGGUGAUACUAUUGAUAUGCCAAUAGGUAUAUCACCUACUGCUAUGCAAUGCCUUGCUCAUCCUGAUGGAGAGAAAGCUACUGCUAGAGCUGCUGCAAGAAUGGGUACUUGUUUGACCCUUAGCUCUUGGUCUACUACAAGUAUUGAAGAGGUAGCAGAGCACAAUGGCAGCCACUCCCUUCGCUGGUUUCAAUUAUAUGUUUAUAAAGACAAUAACUUGACAAUCGAUCUUGUGCGUAGAGCUGAGAGGGAAGGUUUCAAAGCCUUAGUGGUCACUGUUGAUACUCCUGAAUCUGGAACGAGAUUUCCUGAAAAAAGAAAUAAGUUUUAUUUACCUCCACACCUCAAGUUGGCUAAUUUUAGUGAUAGAGAUAGUACCUCAUUACUGAUAAGCUGGGGGAUAUCACUGCUUUUUUGGGAUGGCAUUGAUUGGCUGAGGAGUAUAACUAGAUUGCCGAUUGUAUUGAAAGGAAUAUUAAGAGCAGAUGAUGCUAGGGAAGCAAUGAAACAUGAUAUACAGGGAAUAUUAGUCUCAAAUCAUGGAGCAAGACAAUUAGAUACUGUACCAGCAGCUAUUGAUGCAUUAUCUGGUAUAGUAGAGGCAGUGAAAGGGUCUAAUAUUGAGGUGUAUCUAGACAGUGGUAUAAGACAUGGAACAGAUGUAUUUAAAGCAUUGGCACUGGGAGCUAGAUGUGUAUUUAUAGGACGUCCUGUACUAUGGGGAUUAGCUGUCAAUGGUGAAGAAGGUGUUUGUGAAGUAUUGAGUAUAUUAAGAGAAGAAUUUAGACAAGCUAUGGUCCUCUCUGGUACUCCUAAUAUUAGUAGUAUUACUAAGGAUCUGGUGAUGCACAGGUCUCAUGCUAAACUUUAAUUUAAAACAAACAGUAAAUCAACUCAUUAAUCAUUUUUCAUUAUUAAAAU